GGAAUGGCGUCUUGUUGAUUCCCGCCCCGUGGAGUCCCUAACGUUGUGUUUUUACCCCGAGAUCUAGAUAUUCCAUCAUGAAAGCUGUUCUACAACGAGUCACCUCUGCCUCAGUUACAGUCGAUAAAACGCUUAUUUCGUCCAUUGGCAGAGGCCUUCUUGUGUUUGCCGCUGUCGGCCCGGAUGAUACCCAGAAAGAUGCAGAGUCCCUUGCGGCAAAGGUUCUUAAGGUAAAGAUCUGGCCCGAUGAGGCGGGCGGUACGUGGAAGAAAAGCGUUCAAGAUAUACAAGGAGAAGUCCUAUGCGUGUCCCAAUUCACCCUCCUAGCCCAAAUCAAAAAGGGCAACAAACCAGACUUCCAUCACGCUGCGGACGCAACCAAAGCCAAGGAGUUGUACGAUCACUUCUACAACAAAGUUGGAGAACUCUAUAGUGUCGAACGCGUCAAGAACGGUGUCUUCCAGGCAAUGAUGGAAGUGGGGCUCGUCAACGAUGGACCGGUUACGAUUCAAAUCGAUACUGCAUUACCUAAAAAGGAGCCUAAGAAACCCGGGGUUGGGAACGGGAACGGGAACGGGUUUGGGGAUGGGGAUGGGGAUGGGAAUGGCCAGUCGAGGGAUCCAACUGCGCACCAACUGGAGCAAGACAAUAUACAAGAUCUAUCUAUCUAUCCAUCUAUCUCGAGGAUCCGAUCUGGUGGGGAGUUUGCACUGUUUGACUGCGCAUGGAAGCUUCUACAAGGCUCGCGCAUUUCGACAAACAAGCAACAACAAAAACCGCCGCAAAACCCAACUUCCCUUUGUAUUUCAGGCUUCACCUUGAAUUGCUGUACUCUCACUCGUUAUUGCUGUCUGCUAUCUGUGAGUCUCCUUUCUACAGCUCCAACUUUUACAUCCUCAUCAUGGCCGAAACUUCAGGUACUUGUCCUUUAUUCCCGCCCCGCAAUUUGUUUUGCCUGGCGGGGCUCCCCGCUUUCCCCCGGUGGGUUGCCAAAGUCACUGACAACGCCCCGAGUUGCAGGUCGCCCGCGAGUCUUCUUUGACAUCCAAGUUGGAAAAAGGCCAGAGGGCCGCAUUGUCUUUGAGCUGUUUACUGAUGUUGUCCCCAAAACUGCGGAGAACUUCCGCGCGCUCUGUACCGGCGAGAAGGGUGAAGGGAAGUCCGGGAAGCCGCUCUGCUAUAAGGGCUCUAUUUUUCAUCGUAUCAUCAAACAAUUCAUGAUUCAAGGUGGUGAUUUCACCGCAUUCAAUGGUACUGGCGGCGAAUCGAUCUACGGCGAGAAAUUCCCAGAUGAAAACUUCGAGCUCAAACAUGACCGCCCUUUCCUGCUUUCUAUGGCCAAUUCUGGCCCCGGAACCAAUGGGAGCCAGUUCUUCAUCACCACCGUCCCCACUCCGCAUCUAGAUGGCAAGCAUGUCGUAUUCGGCGAAGUCAUCAGCGGGAAAGGGCUUGUGCGCAAGAUUGAAAAGGCCCCCACGGACUCAGGCGACAAGCCACACAUGGAAGUCAAGGUUGUGGACUGUGGCCAACUGAUUGGCGACGCCUACGAAACCGCUACCCAAUCAUCCGUUGACGAAACGGGCGACAAGUACGAGGACUACCCGGAAGAUGCAGGGAAGGAAUUUUCCGGGGAGGAGUAUUACAAAAUCGCCUGCGACCUGAAAGACUAUGGCAACAAGGCUUUCAAGGCCGGCAACGUCGACCUGGGCCUGGACAAGUACCAAAAGGGCCUGCGCUACCUCAACGAAUACCCGGAGACCUCGGAUUCGGAUCCGCCAGAACUUGCUGAGCAGAUGGCCAUGUUGCGAUUCACAUUGCACUCCAACUCAGCACUGCUAGCGAAUAAACUCAAGCAGUUCGAGGAUGGGCGCUCAUGGGCGGGUUUCGCGCUUGAGAACGCCGCGGCCGCCAAGGCGAAGGACGCAGAUAAGGCCAAGGCGUAUUACCGGCGAGCUAUGGCGUUGGUUGGAUUGAAGGAUGACGAGGAAGCGUUGAAGGAUCUGGCGGAGGCGGCGAAGUUGGCGCCGGGAGAUGCCGCAAUUACGAAUGAGACGGCGAGGGUCAAGAAGGCGAUUGCGGAUCAGCAACGGAAGGAGAAGGAGAUGCUGAAGAAGUUUUUCAAGUGAUGGUGAAGUGCAAAUUGCGAGGGCGAUGUGCUCAUGCGAAAGAAGGGUGGGGAAUUAGGUAAACUUGGGAAUAUCCAUUGGGGCUCUAAGUGACAACGAUUAACUAUUUUAUCUGCGCCGACAAGAAAUAGAAAGAAAGAAAAGAGCAAGGGGUUGGAGAAGGGAAUGGUAAGAAGAACGUAACUGAGUGUAUUUUUUUGUUUUUUUUUUAUAUCGUUUUAUCAUUCUUCGAGUAGAACCCUGGCGUCUCUCAGCCUGCGUUAAAUGUCUGUUUUAUUUA